CAGUAAACAUGUACAAGGCUGUGCUUUUGGUCUGCGCUCUGGCGCUCAUGAUACAGUCCAUUGCUGGAGCUUGCAUUGGAGCUGGAUUGGCUGGCGCUCCCUUCGGUGUUGCUGGUCCUCUGGGUCUCGCUGAACCCUUUGGUGUCGCAGGACCGUUGGGUAUUGCUGAGCCGUUUGGUCUGGCCGAACCUUUCGGUCCAGGUCCACUAGGCGCUCCUUACGGAGCAUACGGUGCUUACGGUCUCGGCUACGGCAUCGGCCCCUACGCUGGACCUUUCCAUGCUGGCUAUGGAUACGGCGCACUCAUAUAAUCUAAGUGCAGAUAUUUCUGUCAAUUCUUUCCAUUCGAUAUCUAUUUUGGAGUAUAUACUCAACUAUA